AUGGGUAUUCUUCUGUUCCUACUAUCACUUCUGGUUACCAUGGCUAGAGGAGGUCCGUAUGCAGCACUGGCCAUGGAAAUGAAAGGGACCAUGGUGCCUUACUAUGCCUCAACUUCUGAGCUGAAUGCCUACUGGCAGUCAGUGUUUCCCAAGGCACCCAUACCGUCACCCAUACUAGACCGUUUCAGUGCACCUUCUGGGUCCAUGAUCAACCUCUACAUCGGCAGGGCGAACAAUGCUCGGCCUCUUCGUCGCGACAUCGCCGACUUGGUCCCUAUGUCCACCAAGAACUUCACCGCCAUCAUCGCCAUGUUCGCGCCGGUGUCCUUCUCCAUGGCCCGCGACAUGUGGUCUACUCUUAACUCAUGUGAACAUCCCCGCGAAGUGGCCGGUGAGCAGAAGGCUUGCGCCACAUCCAUAGAGUCCAUGCACGAGUUUGCGGCGUCGGUGCUAGGGACGCGCGACCUCCAUGGCAUCAGCUCACCGUCGCGUAUGUACAAGAUGGUGGUGGUGCGUGUGGCGCAUGGAGGCGGGGAGGCAAGCGUUGUGACAUGCCACAGCAUGAGCUUCCCAUUUGCGGUGUUCUACUGCCAUGCCGUCAACCCGACAAGGAUCUACGAGGUGACAAUGCAGAUAGAGGAGAACAACAAUGUUACUGUCGAUGUUGCCGAAAAUGGUGCGAGCGUUGGCAGUGUGCCACCCAGACACAUCGGGGUUUGA